AUGAAAACCCUCUCAUUAUUUAUUUUAUACAUAAUAAUAAUAAUAGCCAACAUUCUUCAACCUUUUCCUAUAGUGCAAGGGAUAAAGGUUUGUGUUGGGACAAAACUAAGGAGGGUCUUUGUAGUCAACGGUCUCCCCGAAGGUUCGAACCCGUUGACUCUGCACUGUCAAUCUGGCGACGACGAUCUGGGGAACCGUACGCUUUCUUCGAGGCAAGAAUUGGAUUGGAAGUUCUGCACGAAUAUUUUCGGGAAAACUUUAUACUUCUGUCAUGUCUGGUGGGGUUCGAAAAGCGCGGCGUUCGAUGUUUAUAACAAGGAUAUUGAGAAGAACUACUGCUUUGGUGGAUUGUGUCAUUGGGAAAUUUUUCCAGAUGGUAUUUAUAGUUCUAACGUCAAAGUGUAUGACUGGAAUUCUAAACAUAGUUCUAGUCUGGGGUUUUAA